ACGGGGAGGAAAAGAAAAAAAAGGUCUCGCACGUUAAAUAGCCCGUCCACCGCGAAAAGGGAGGAGCAACACCUUCCGUCUCGGGAGAGAGGGAAACAGCAAAUUCUACUUCCCCAUCUGAUGCACCAUCAAUUAAACCCCUCCCAUCUUUUCUCCAAAACCCUAGUCUACAUUUUCCCUUUCGAAAUUCACCACUGUUCUUCCACAAAACCAAACAAUUUCACUCCUAAUUCAUUCAAAUAGCAAGUAUCCAACUGCUAAUUCUUAAAAUCACACUAUUCUCCAAAAGCUUCUUACUUUCUCGUUCUUAAACCCUAGUUCUCAAGUCUGUUUACUUCAAAGCUUCGGCUUAUACAACAUGAGUCCCAUCCAGAAUUUCGAGCAGCAUUCUCGGCUCCUUCUCGAACCCGACCUCCCAAUUCAAACAAGACUACAGAUGGCAAUGGAGGUACGGGACAGUUUGGAGAUAACACACACAGGGGAGUAUUUAAAUUUUCUUAAAUGUUAUUUUCGUGCAUUUUCCGGUGUCUUAUAUCAAAUUACAAAGCCACAGUUCGCGGACAAUCCUGAACAUAAGCUGAGGAACAUUGUGGUUGAGAUACUGAAUAGGCUUCCUCAUAGUGAAGUCCUAAGACCGUUUGUACAGGAUCUAUUGAAGGUGGCAAUGCACGUUCUUACAACGGACAACGAAGAGAAUGGCUUAAUUUGCAUCCGUAUUAUUUUUGAUUUGCUUAGGAACUUCAGGCCUACUUUAGAAAAUGAAGUUCAACCCUUUUUGGACUUUGUUUGUAAAAUCUACCAGAAUUUUAGGGCUACUGUGAGUUAUUUCUUUGAGAGUGGGGCGAUGGCAGUUCCUCCACCGCCCGCCCCCACUUCGUCUGUGUCGUCUUUGGGUGAGUCAGACAUGAAGCCAAUGGAGGUGGAUCAAAUGAGUACUUCUAGUGGGGGGUAUUUUGGUGCUGGUCAGCUUAAUCCCAGUACGAGAUCAUUUAAGAUAGUUACUGAGAGUCCGUUGGUAGUGAUGUUUCUGUUUCAGUUAUAUAGCCGGCUGGUCCAGACGAACAUUCCCCAUUUGUUGCCCUUGAUGGUUUCAGCCAUAUCAGUGCCAGGUCCUGAGAAGGUGCCUCCUCAUCUGAAGACUCACUUUAUUGAGCUCAAGGGUGCACAGGUUAAGACAGUUUCUUUCUUAACGUACUUAUUGAAGAGUUUCGCUGACUAUAUAAAGCCGCAUGAAGAGGGUAUUUGUAAAAGCAUUGUGAAUCUGCUUGUCACAUGUUCGGACUCAGUCUCUAUCCGAAAGGAACUGCUAGUGGCCCUGAAACAUGUUCUUGGGACAGAUUUCAAGAGGGGGUUGUUCCCCCUUAUUGACACGCUUUUGGAAGAGAGGGUCCUUGUUGGAACCGGUCGUGCAUGCUUUGAGACAUUGAGGCCUUUGGCUUAUAGCCUAUUGGCGGAGAUUGUUCACCAUGUCAGGGGGGAUCUUUCUUUGUCCCAGUUAUCACGGAUAAUUUAUCUUUUCUCAAGCAACAUGCAUGAUGCUUCUUUGUCGCUCAGCAUCCAUACUACAUGUGCUCGUCUGAUGUUAAAUCUGGUGGAACCGAUUUUUGAGAAAGGUGUCGACCAGCACACCAUGGAUGAAGCAAGGAUUUUGUUGGGUCGGAUUUUGGACGCUUUUGUUGGCAAAUUCAACACGUUUAAGCGUACAAUUCCACAGCUUCUAGAAGAGGGGGAGGAUUUGAAAGGUCGAUCUACAUUAAGGUCAAAAUUAGAACUUCCGGUGCAGGCAGUACUCAAUUUGCAAGUUCCUGUGGAUCACUCUAAGGAAGUCAGUGAUUGCAAGCAUCUGAUUAAAACCUUGGUUAUGGGAAUGAAAACCAUAAUAUGGAGCAUCACCCAUGCGCAUUUGCCACGAUCACAGGUUUCGGCAUCCACCCAGGGAACCCCUCCUCAAGUUCUUGCCUCAGCAUCAACUUCUUCAUCAGUACCUCAGCCUUUUAAAGGAAUGAGAGAAGACGAGGUCUGGAAAGCUUCUGGUGUGCUUAAAAGUGGUGUUCAUUGCUUGGCAUUAUUCAAGGAGAAGGACGAAGAGAGAGACAUGAUCCACCUUUUUUCCCAGAUUUUGGCUAUUAUGGAACCACGAGAUUUGAUGGACAUGUUCUCCUUAUGCAUGCCUGAAUUGUUUGAGUGCAUGAUUUCUAACACACAGUUAGUCCACAUAUUUUCAACCCUAUUGCAAGCACCAAAAGUUUUCAGACCAUUUGCAGAUGUCCUGGUUAACUUCCUUGUAAGCAGCAAACUUGAUGUCCUUAAGCAUCCAGAUUCACCUGCAGCAAAGCUAGUUUUGCAUCUUUUUCGGUUUUUGUUUGGUGCUGUCGCAAAGGCUCCUUCAGAUUGUGAGCGCAUACUGCAACCUCAUGUGCAUGUUAUUAUGGAAACUUGCAUGAAAAAUGCAUCCGAGGUUGAAAAACCCAUUGGUUAUUUGCAACUCCUUCGUACAAUGUUCCGUGCCCUUGCAGGAGGAAAAUUUGAACUUCUAUUGCGUGACUUGAUUCCUAUGCUGCAACCCUGUUUGAAUAUGCUGUUGGCUUUGCUUGAGGGGCCUAAUGGUGAAGAUAUGCGGGAGCUUCUGCUGGAGCUUUGCUUGACCCUUCCUGCACGAUUAAGUUCACUGUUACCUCACCUUCCUCGCCUGAUGAAGCCUCUUGUUAUGUGUCUUAAAGGUAGUGAUGACCUAGUGAGUCUUGGUUUAAGAACACUUGAGUUUUGGAUUGAUAGUCUGAAUCCUGAUUUUUUGGAACCAAGCAUGGCAAAUGUCAUGUCCGAGGUGAUUUUGGCAUUAUGGUCUCAUUUGAGGCCUGCACCUUAUCCUUGGGGUGGGAAGUCUCUGCAGCUCCUUGGAAAGUUAGGUGGGCGUAAUAGGCGUUUUCUCAAAGAACCUCUUGCUCUUGAAUGCAAGGAAAAUCCUGAGCAUGGGCUUCGUGUGAUCCUUACAUUUGAACCGUCCACCCCAUUUUUGGUGCCUUUAGAUCGUUGUAUAAAUCUUGCGGUGGCUGCUGUCAUGCAAAGAAGUGUCAUUGUGGAUGCUUUCUACAGAAAACAAGCUCUGAAAUUUCUUCGUGUAUCCUUGUCCUCUCAGCUUAAUCUUCCUGGUAGUGCUACUGAUGAUAGAUUGACUUCUAGGAUGCUAUCGACCUUGUUAGUUUCCUCAGUUGAUCCAUCUUGGAGAAGAUCAGAGACAUCUGAUAUAAAGGCUGACCUGGGUGUCAAGACAAAGACUCAACUCCUUGCUGAAAGAUCUGUUUUUAAAAUUCUUCUUAUGACCAUUAUUGCGGCAAGUGCUGAAGCCGAUCUGCAUGAUUCCAAGGAUGAGUAUGUCAUCAGCAUCUGUCGACAUUUUGCCAUUGUAUUUCAUAUAGAAAGCUCUGCCGCCCAUGGUUCUCUUUCAGUUACUCCAGUUGGUGCCUCUGUGCUUUCAUCUAGCACCAGCAUUAGUGCAAAGUCAAGAUAUAGUACUUCUUCCAACCUGAAAGAGUUGGACCCUCUUAUAUUUUUGGAUGCUUUGGUGGAUGUCCUGGCGGAUGAAAAUAGACUGCAUGCCAAGGCAGCUUUAAAUGCACUAAAUGUGUUUGCUGAGACCCUUCUAUUCCUUGCUCGCUCGAAACAUUCAGAUGUGUUGAUGUCAAGAGGAGGUCCUGCCACACCUAUGAUUGUCUCUAGCCCAUCAAUGAGUCCUGUAUAUUCUCCACCUCCUAGUGUUCGUGUCCCUGUUUUUGAGCAGCUUCUGCCCCGUCUUCUGCAUUGUUGCUUUGGAUGUACAUGGCAAGCACAAAUGGGGGGAGUCAUGGGGCUUGGUGCUUUGGUUGGGAAAGUCACUGUUGAAACUUUGUGUGCUUUCCAAGUCCGUAUCGUGCGGGGACUUGUUUACGUCCUCAAGAGACUUCCUGUUUAUGCCACUAAAGAGCAAGACGAGACCAGCCAGGUGCUUACACAAGUUCUUCGUGUGGUGAAUAAUGUUGAUGAAGCAAAUAGUGAAGCGCGGAGGCAAAGCUUCCAAGGAGUUGUUGAAUACUUCGCAUCAGAGUUAUUUAAUCCUAAUGUGUCUAUUAAUGUGAGGAAGAUUGUGCAGUCUUGUUUAGCACUUUUGGCAAGCAGGACUGGUAGUGAGGUUUCUGAGUUGCUUGAACCCUUAUACCAACCUUUGCUUCAGCCUCUUAUACUACGUCCAUUACGGUCAAAGACUGUUGAUCAACAGGUGGGGACUGUUACAGCUUUGAACUUUUGCUUGGCCUUGAGACCUCCACUUCUAAAGUUGACUCAGGAGCUGAUCAAUUUCCUGCAAGAAGCAUUGCAAAUAGCUGAGGCUGAUGAAACAGUAUGGGUUAUGAAAUUUAUGAAUCCUAAGGUAGCAACCUCGUUAAACAAACUGCGCACAGCCUGCAUUGAAUUACUCUGCACUGCUAUGGCGUGGGCCGAUUUUAAAACCCAAAAUCAAUCUGAAUUGCGUUCAAAAAUUAUUUCAAUGUUCUUCAAGUCUCUGACAAGCAGAAAUUCAGAAAUUGUAGCUGUUGCAAAGGAAGGGUUGCGACAGGUCAUACAACAGCAAAGGAUGCCAAAAGAACUUCUACAAAGUAGUCUUAGACCUAUAUUGGUUAACUUGGCCCACACUAAAAAUCUCAGCAUGCCUCUUCUUCAAGGUUUGGCCCGCUUGCUUGAACUUCUGUCCAAUUGGUUUAAUGUGACCUUAGGUGGCAAGUUACUGGAGCAUCUUAGGAAAUGGUUGGAACCUGAAAAGCUAGCACAGUGCCAGAAAUCGUGGAAGGCUGGCGAGGAACCAAAAAUAGCUGCUGCUAUUAUCGAACUCUUCCACCUGCUUCCCUCUGCAGCUGGGAAGUUUCUGGAUGAGCUUGUGACGUUGACUAUAGAUUUGGAAGCAGCUCUUCCACCUGGGCAGUUUUACAGUGAGAUUAACAGUCCAUAUAGGCUGCCAUUGACCAAGUUCCUGAAUCGAUAUCCAACUGCUGCUGUUGAUUACUUUCUUGCUCGAUUAUGUCAACCUAAAUACUUCAGGCGGUUUAUGUACAUCAUAAGGUCAGAUGCUGGACAGCCUUUAAGAGAAGAACUUGCAAAAUCACCAGAAAAGAUAAUUGCAAGUGCCUUUCCCGAAUUUAUUACCAAAUCUGAUGCACCUGCUGGACAAGAAUCUUUGAGUCGGCCAAGCACUUCAACUGGUGAUGAAGGCCUUGCUACACCUCAAGCCGAGGCUUCUGUCCCUUCAGUUUCAACCAAUGUGGCACCUCAGGAUGCUUAUUUCCAGGGUCUUGCUUUGGUGAAAACUUUGGUCAAGUUGAUGCCUAACUGGUUACAGAACAAUCGUGUUGUCUUUGAUACGCUGGUAUUGAUGUGGAAGUCGCCAGCAAGAAUCUCCCGUCUGCAAAAUGAACAGGAAUUAAACUUAGUGCAGGUCAAAGAGAGCAAAUGGCUUGUCAAAUGCUUCCUGAAUUAUUUGCGACAUGAUAAAACUGAAAUCAAUGUUCUGUUUGAUAUCCUUUCCAUCUUCCUCUUUCGUACUCGUAUAGACUUUACCUUCUUGAAGGAGUUCUAUAUCAUUGAGGUUGCUGAAGGAUAUCCAUCCAACAUGAAGAGAACCCUGCUCCUGCAUUUUUUGAACCUUUUCCAAUCGAGACAACUUGGUCUUGAUCAUUUGGUGGUUGUAAUGCAAAUGCUUAUUCUUCCGAUGCUUGGUCAUGCAUUUCAGAAUGGUCAGACUUGGGAUGUAGUUGACUCUGCUAUAAUUAAGACUAUUGUUGACAAGCUUCUUGACCCUCCUGAAGAGGUCUCUGCUGAUUAUGAUGAGCCUUUGAGGAUAGAGCUUUUGCAACUCGCUACUCUCCUUCUCAAGUAUCUGCAGACGGACCUUGUUCAUCAUCGGAAGGAACUUAUAAAGUUUGGUUGGAAUCAUCUUAAACGGGAAGAUAGUGCUAGUAAACAGUGGGCAUUUGUUAAUGUCUGCCAUUUCUUGGAGGCUUAUCAAGCUCCAGAGAAAAUUAUACUUCAGGUAUUUGUCGCUCUCCUCAGGACUUGCCAGCCGGAGAAUAAAAUGUUGGUUAAGCAAGCGCUUGAUAUACUCAUGCCAGCACUUCCAAGAAGGUUACCGCUUGGUGAUUCCCGUAUGCCUAUCUGGAUACGUUACACCAAAAAGAUUCUUGUUGAGGAGGGUCAUUCUAUCCCUAAUCUCAUCCACAUUUUCCAGCUCAUAGUUCGCCAUUCAGAUCUAUUCUACAGUUGUAGAGCACAGUUUGUACCUCAGAUGGUGAACUCUCUGAGUCGCCUUGGAUUGCCAUAUAAUACUACAGCUGAAAAUAGACGACUUGCUAUUGAACUUGCUGGGUUGGUUGUAAACUGGGAACGACAAAGACAAAGUGAAAUGAAAAUAGUACCUGCUAAUGAUGGGACUGGUCAAAAUGCUGACGGACUGAGUCAUGCUUCUGCUGGUAGUGUUGAUCUUAAGCAUCCAACGGAUGGAUCUUCAUUCUCAGAAGAUCCUAGUAAGCGUGUGAAGGUUGAACCUGGUCUUCAAUCCCUGUGUGUUAUGUCGCCUGGUGGUGCUUCCUCAAUUCCUAAUAUUGAAAUUCCUGGAUCUGGUGGGCAACCAGAUGAAGAGUUUAAGCCAAAUGCAGCUAUGGAGGAAAUGAUUAUUAAUUUUCUUAUCAGAGUAGCAUUAGUAAUAGAGCCCAAAGAUAAGGAAGCAAGUUUGAUGUAUAAACAAGCUUUGGAUCUGUUAUCACAAGCCUUGGAGGUGUGGCCAAAUGCUAAUGUCAAAUUUAAUUAUUUGGAGAAGCUGCUCAGCAAUGCUCCACCUUCUCAGUCAAAGGACCCUGCCAUAGCACUAGUCCAGGGCCUAGAUGUGAUGAACACGGUUUUGGAGAAGCAACCUCAUCUGUUCAUCCGCAACAAUAUCAACCAGUUAUCUCAGAUUCUAGAACCGUGCUUCAAAUACAAAGUGCUUGAUGCUGGGAAGUCACUUUGCUCCCUCUUGAAAAUGGUUUCCCUUGCUUUUCCUCCUGAAGCAGCUAAUACAACACAAGAUGUGAAGAUGUUGUAUCAAAAGGUAGAAGAGUUUAUACAGAAGCACCUUGCUGCUGUUGCAGCUCCUCAGACUUCUGGAGAAGAUAAUUCAGGUAGCAUGGUCAGCUUUGUGCUUUAUGUAAUCAAAACCUUGGCAGAGGUGCACAAAAACUUUAUUGAACCAGCAAAUCUGGUCCGUCUUCUUCAGCGCCUGGCUCGAGACAUGGGGUCAUCCAUUGGAUCCCAUGUGAGGCAGGGUCAGAGAUCAGAUCCUGAUUCUGCUGUCACAUCUUCUCGUCAAGGUGCUGAUGUUGGUGUUGUCAUCACCAACCUGAAAUCUGUGUUGGGCCUUAUUAACGAAAGGGUCAUGGUCAUCCCAGAUUGUAAACGAUCUGUAACACAAAUACUCAACUCCCUGCUGUCUGAGAAGGGUACUGACCCUUCUGUGUUGCUUAGCAUAUUAGAUGUAAUAAAGGGAUGGAUUGAAGUGGACAUGACUAAACCUGGAGUUGCUAUUGCAUCUAGUACCUUUCUUUCUCCAAAAGAUGUUGUUUCUUUCCUCCAGAGGCUUUCACAAGUGGAUAAACAGAACUUCACCCCUAGUCCUGCAGAAGAGUGGGACAAAAAGUAUCUUGAGCUUCUCUAUGGUCUUUGUGCAGAUUCAAACAAGUAUGCUCUCUCUCUGCGUCAAGAAGUUUUCCAGAAGGUAGAGAGGCAAUAUUUACUUGGUUUACGGGCAAAAGAUCCUGAAGUGAGAAUGAGGUUUUUCUCUCUUUAUCAUGAAUCCCUUGGGAGAACACUGUUCACAAGAUUGCAGUACAUCAUCCAAAUACAGGACUGGGAGGCUUUGAGUGACGUAUUUUGGCUAAAGCAAGGGCUUGAUCUUCUUUUGGCUAUAUUGGUUGAGAAUAAGUCUAUAACGCUGGCUCCAAAUUCUGCCAAGGUGCCUCCACUUGUUGUGUCAGGUUCUGUUGGUGAUUCUACAGGGCCACAACCUAUGGUCUUGGAUGUUCCAGAAGGUUCGGAAGAGGCUCCUCUAACCUUUGAUAGUUUUGUGGCAAAACAUACACAAUUUUUGAAUGAAAUGAGCAAGCUCCAGGUUGCUGAUCUUGUCAUUCCACUGAGAGAACUGGCACACACAGAUGCAAACGUUGCAUAUCACCUCUGGGUUUUGGUGUUUCCUAUUGUAUGGGUGACUUUGCACAAGGAAGAACAGGUAGCCCUUGCAAAGCCAAUGAUAACUCUGUUAUCAAAGGACUAUCAUAAGAAGCAGGCAACCCAUCGGCCAAAUGUCGUGCAAGCUCUUCUGGAAGGACUUCAGCUAAGUCAUCCUCAGCCUAGAAUGCCUAGUGAAUUAAUCAAGUACAUUGGAAAGACUUACAAUGCGUGGCACAUUGCGCUAGCCCUGCUGGAAAGUCAUGUUAUGCUUUUUUUGAAUGAUACUAAAUGCUCGGAGUCUCUGGCUGAGCUUUACCGAUUACUCAAUGAAGAAGAUAUGAGGUGUGGAUUGUGGAAGAAAAGGUCAAUUACUGCUGAGACACGGGCUGGACUUUCACUGGUUCAGCAUGGCUAUUGGCAGCGGGCUCAAAGUCUCUUCUACCAGGCCAUGGUUAAAGCAACCCAAGGCACUUAUAACAAUACGGUACCAAAAGCUGAGAUGUGUCUUUGGGAGGAGCAGUGGCUAAGUUGUGCUGGCCAACUCAGUCAAUGGGAUGUGCUGGUUGACUUUGGGAAGAUGGUUGAGAAUUAUGAGAUAUUGCUUGAUAGUCUGUGGAAACAGCCUGAUUGGGCAUAUUUGAAAGACCAUGUUAUCCCUAAGGCUCAAGUGGAGGAGACACCAAAACUUCGUAUUAUUCAGGCAUAUUUUUCCCUCCAUGAGAAGAGUACAAAUGGUGUUGCAGAGGCUGAAAACAUUGUCGGAAAAGGUGUUGAUCUUGCUUUGGAACAGUGGUGGCAGUUACCUGAAAUGUCCAUUCAUGCCAGAAUUCCCCUUCUACAGCAAUUUCAACAACUUGUUGAAGUUCAAGAAUCAGCUAGGAUAAUUGUGGACAUUGCCAAUGGAAAUAAACUUUCUGGAAAUUCUGUUGUUGGGGCUCAUGGUGGCCUAUAUNAUGGUUUGAUGUGCUUUUCUUUCGUAUGUUUACAGGAAGCUUUUGUAAAAAUAAGAGAACAAGCAAAGGCUUAUCUAGAAAUGAAGGGAGAGCUGACUAGCGGCCUUAAUUUGAUAAACAGUACUAAUCUGGAGUAUUUUUCUGUUAAACACAAAGCUGAAAUCUUUCGCCUCAAGGGAGACUUUCUGUUGAAGCUUAAUGAUUGCGAAGGGGCUAAUCUUGCUUAUUCAAAUGCCAUCAGCCUUUUCAAGAAUCUGCCGAAGGGGUGGAUUAGUUGGGGAAACUAUUGUGACAUGGCUUAUAAGGAAACACACGAAGAGAUUUGGUUAGAGUAUGCUGUUAGCUGCUUUUUACAAGGCAUCAAAUUUGGUAUUCCUAAUUCCAGAAGCCACCUUGCACGGGUUCUAUAUCUUCUCAGUUUCGAUACUCCAAAUGAACCCGUAGGGAGGGCAUUUGAUAAGUACCUGGAACAGAUACCCCACUGGGUUUGGCUUUCUUGGAUUCCACAGUUAUUACUUUCCUUGCAGAGGACGGAAGCUCCACAUUGCAAGCUUGUUCUAUUAAAAGUUGCUACCGUCUAUCCACAGGCUUUGUAUUACUGGUUGCGAACAUAUUUGCUUGAGCGCCGUGAUGUUGCAAAUAAGUCUGAAUAUGGUAGAAUGGCAAUGGCACAGCAGAGAAUGCAGCAAAAUGUCGCUGGUGCCAGUGCAGCUGGAUCUAUGGGCCUUGUUGAUGGGAAUGCUAGAAUGGCUGGCCAGAGUGGGGGUUCAUCAGCUGUUGACAAUCAUAUUCCCCAGGGAGCUCAGUCCGGUGGAGGUGUUGGGUCACAUGAUGGCAGUAGUUCUCAAAUUCAGGAACCUGAAAGGCCAGACAGUAGUAUGCCCUCUGGUAAUGACCAGUCCUUACACCAGAGCUCAUCAGGCGGUGAUGGAGGUCAAGCUGCAUUGCGCCGUAAUAGUGCUCUGACUCUGGUUGCAUCUGCUGCCAGUGCUUUUGAUGCAGCCAAAGAUAUAAUGGAAACUUUACGCAGCAAACAUUCUAAUCUUGCCAGUGAACUUGAGAUCUUGCUCACAGAGAUUGGAUCCAGAUUCGUCACUUUACCAGAGGAGAGACUGUUGGCAGUUGUUAAUGCUCUACUUCACCGUUGCUACAAGUACCCUACUGCAACUACAGCUGAAGUUCCUCAGUCUCUGAAGAAGGAGCUUUCUGGUGUGUGUAGAGCAUGUUUCUCAGCAGAUGCAGUGAACAAACAUGUUGAAUUUGUAAGAGAAUACAAGCAGGAUUUUGAACGUGAUCUCGAUCCUGACAGUACUGCAACAUUUCCAGCAACUCUUUCUGAACUUACUGAAAGACUGAAGCAUUGGAAAAAUGUCCUGCAAAGCAACGUGGAGGACCGCUUUCCAGCUGUGCUGAAGUUGGAAGAUGAAAGUAGGGUGUUGAGAGAUUUUCAUGUUGUUGAUGUGGAGGUUCCAGGGCAAUAUUUUACCGAUCAGGAAGUUGCGCCCGAUCAUACUGUGAAGUUAGACAGGGUGGGAGCUGAUAUUCCAAUAGUGCGGAGACAUGGAAGC